AUGGUAAGAACAUACUUUACUCGAGACGUGGCUACCAAUACUCGAGACACAGCAACCAUCUCAAUAGGCCCUCAGAAAGACGGAGCCAGUAAAAUGGUGGUGGGAAGCUCAGCUACGACUACAAUUACCCAGACAGAGGAAAACAAAUCGAUUACGAGGAAAGACCUCCAUGAAUUAAAAGAUGACUUUCUGAAAUCACUUGCAUCGCUAGUUACAGAGAUCAUCCAGCCACUCCAAUCCCAAUUGAACGACCUAGUACAGGAUUUGAAUGACACAGCUAAAAUAGCUGAAAACAAUGCACAACUGACUCUGACUUUGCAAGAGGAAUUGAAGGCCGCCCAAGCCUCAGAAAAACAAACAAACACUCGGCUUUCAUCCCUGGAACAUCGAUGGAGGCAGAUGAACUUAAAAUUGAGAGGGGUCAAGGAGGGCGCGGAGGAGGGGAAAGACCCUGCACAUUUUAUCUCAUCCUGGCUGGUGGCAGUUCUGGAUAUGGAAGAAGGAGACACACUUGAAGAAACCUUUAAAGCAAGUUUUGAAAAGUCAUGGUUUGAUCGGCAAUAUCAUGCAGCUGGAUCUUCAAAAGCCAGAGCAAAUGGAGCAUCUGACAUCAAAAAAGACCUGAGUCAGAUUGAGUACUACUGUUUGCUUAACGUCCGUUCCGGCUUUUACCCUGUUCCCCUUCAUAACCGCCGGCAGCCUCUUUCUUCCGCGUGUUCUGUGGCGCAAUUCAGCCGACGUUUCAGUUCCCUCAGCACAAGCGAGCCCAAGCGGGCGAACGGCGGAAAGAACAGGGCGAGGCAGAGCGCAGGGCCCGCCUCAGGGGAGCCGCCUCAGUCGCUGCGAGUGGUUGCCAAGACACUUCCCGUCCUAGGAGGCCGAAGCGGCGCCCUCUCCCUGCCCCAAAUCUUCGCAGAAGGACUCCGCGGCGGCCCGAUGGCAACACCAACGGUGCGGACCUGCCUCCCGCGCGCCCUGAGCCGACUGCCGCAGAGGCUGUGGAGCCAGGGUCGGCCAGCCGCCCCCUGGGGGUCUCCCUUCGCCCGCCUCACCAGCACCGGCAGCUCCACCACCAGCAAGGGCGGAGAGUCCCGAGGUCGGCCGAGCGCCCCCUGCCUGGAGGGAGACUACCGGGAGUUGCGCGAGCGGGCGCUCAGGGAGCCUGGGCCCUUCUGGGGGGCGCUGGCGCGGGGGACGCUGCUGUGGGACACCCCGCACCACACCGACUGCGAGUGGGACUUCGCGCGGGGCCAUGUCCGCUGGUUCCUGGGCGGCCGCUUAAAUGUGGCGGUUAACUGCUUGGACCAGCAUGCACACCAAUCUCCGGACAGAGUGGCUUUGAUCUGGGAAAAAGAUGAGCCUGGCACUGAAGAGAAAAUUACUUACAGGGAGCUUCUGGAUAUGACCUGCCGUCUUGCUAAUACCUUGAAGAAAAAUGGUAUAAAAAAGGGGGACCGAGUUGCCAUCUAUAUGUCUGUGUCUCCACUAGCAGUGGCUGCUAUGUUGGCUUGUGCAAGAAUUGGUGCUGUUCAUACGGUAGUUUUUGCUGGAUUCAGUGGAGAAUCCUUAGCAGGAAGGAUCAAAGACUCUGAAUGCAAAGCAGUUAUCACCUAUAACCAGGGACUCAGAGGAGGACGGAUUAUAGAGCUGAAGAAGACUGUGGAUGAAGCUGUAAAGAACUGUCCAAGUGUCAAGUGUGUCUUUGUGGCUCAGAGAACAACCAACAAAAUCCACUUGGGGAGUCAUGAUAUCCCCCUUGAAGAAGAGAUGGCUAAGGAGUCUUCAGUUUGCCCACCUGAAAUCAUGGACAGUGAAGACAUGCUUUUUAUGCUUUAUACCUCAGGGAGCACAGGGAAGCCUAAAGGGGUUGUUCACACCCAGGCUGGCUAUCUGCUUUAUGCUGCCUUAACACACAAGCAUGUAUUUGACUACAAGCAAGAUGAUGUUUUUGGCUGUGUGGCUGAUAUUGGCUGGAUCACAGGACACAGCUAUGUGGUAUAUGGACCCCUCUGCAAUGGAGGCACCACGGUUCUGUUUGAAAGCACACCAAUUUAUCCUGAUCCAGGUCGCUAUUGGGAAACUGUACAGAGGUUAAAAAUUAAUCAGUUUUAUUGUGCUCCCACUGCAUUGCGAUUGCUACUGAAGUAUGGAGACGAAUAUGUGAAGAAGUAUGACCGAUCUUCUUUAAUUACCCUUGGAUCAGUGGGAGAGCCGAUAAACCAUGAAGCUUGGCAAUGGUUCUACGAUGUGGUAGGAGAUGGACGGUGCUCCCUUGUGGACACUUGGUGGCAAACAGAAACUGGUGGCAUUUGCAUUGCUCCUCGGCCUUCGGAGAAAGGAGCUGAGAUUGUUCCAGCUAUAGCAAUGCGACCAUUCUAUGGCAUUACUCCAGUAUUGCUGGAUGAGAGGGGAAAAAUUAUAGACGGCAGCGGCGUCUCUGGUGCUCUCUGCAUUGCACAGCCAUGGCCUGGUAUAGCAAGGACCAUCUAUGGAGACCAUCAAAGAUUUAUAAAUGCUUACUUCAAAGCCUACCCAGGUUACUAUUUCACAGGAGAUGGUGCUAACCGAACCCAAGAAGGCUAUUACCAGAUAACAGGGCGAAUGGAUGAUGUUUUAAACAUCAGUGGACAUAGACUUGGAACUGCAGAAAUUGAAGAUGCCAUGGAUGAACAUCCUGAAGUACCAGAAACAGCUGUGAUUGGUUAUCCCCAUGAGCUCAAAGGGGAAGCUGCAUUUGCUUUCAUAGUGCUAAGAGAUGACAAUGCUCUUCCAGAUACCAUUACCAAAGAGGUUAAAGCAAUAGUUGCUUCUAAAAUAGCCAAGUAUGCUGUGCCUGAUCACAUUCUGGUGGUAAAGCGCCUUCCCAAAACCCGAUCUGGAAAAAUCAUGAGACGAUUGCUACGGAGAAUAGUGACAGGCAAUGCCAGUGACCUGGGAGAUAUCACCACACUGGAUGACCCCAGUGUCAUUAAAGAAAUACUUGACACAUAUGAGAUAUACAAAAUAAAGCAUCCUACUUUAUAA